UGCCCUGUAACGAGGCGGAAAUGGGACCUCGGAAAUUAUGAACAAAAAUAUCAGCAACAAGUUAAUCGUGGUCGACGCUAAGCUUUAGUUCACAAAAUAACAAACGGAAAAAUUCGUCUUCGUAAUCGUUGGAUCGAUGCUUGCUCGGAUCUCUUAAUGGUUUCGGUUGCACAGCAAAUUAAAUGCUGCUGUCCUCCCACGCACGUUUGCAGCAGCCCAACUUAAUCGCUGUGUACGUUUACUGGAGAGGAAAAAAAAGUACAAACACACGUGGUCUUUCAUUAUUGGUAUCGAUCGUUUUUGAUUGAUCGCCUAAAUCGACUUUUAAUUUUUAAUUUUAUUUUUUUUACAAGUGGAAAGAGUAAUAUGAGCGGGUUUUAAAAUGUAGCCGUCUGGGGUAUGUGAUAUUGAAAAACAACAAGAAAAAAAAAAAACACUGACGAAACAACAAGGAAAAUGCAAAGAAAAAAAGGGAAGUGAUCUCAGAGCGAGUUUAAUUUCCUGUUCUUGGUUAAAGACAUUGAGAUUUUUCUAUUUCGUUUGGACGUUAUCACUGUACGUGUAGAAUAGAGUAGCGCUGUACCAGAAUGAAUAGUUACCCGUGUUCUUUCACGUCUUGCGAUUGCAGCUCGAACGACUAGCGAUGGACUCUUCAGUCACUCUGUGGCAGUUCCUGGUGCAGCUCUUGCUUGACCCCGGUAAGGAGCAUUUGAUCCGCUGGACCUCAGAUGACGGCGAGUUCAAGCUGCUGCAGGCCGAGGAAGUGGCCAGGCUCUGGGGGGUGCGCAAGAACAAGCCCAGCAUGAACUACGACAAGCUGAGCCGAGCCCUGCGCUACUACUAUGACAAGGAUAUCAUCAAGAAGGUGAAUGGUCAGAAGUUUGUGUACCGCUUUGUGAGGUACCCAGAGAUCCUGAGCCAAGAUCCAAGUUCAGGGUGCAGGGGGGAGGGCACUGCUGACGGGGGUGGUGGGGCCCCUGAGCCGGACGAGGCCCCCAGGGAUAAGGAGAACCAGAGCGGAUUUGAGAAGGGAGCAGCGGGCCAGACCUCCAGCAAAACCUCCAGCCGAAACGACUACAUCCACUCGGGGCUGUACACCUCCUUCACCCUGAACUCUCUGCACGCCCACACGCAGCUCUUCAAAUCCAUCAAGGUGGAGAAUCCCAAAGAAAAGCUAGCGGAGAAGAAACUGCCGCAGGAGCCUCCCCAGUCUGUCAUCAAGUUUGGGACCACCCCUUCCUGGAAUUUACCCGUCAUUGCCUUGGAGAUGAUUCCAAAAACCCUGCCCCCUGUUCCGCAGGCUCCUCUCCCUGUAGUUAGGACAGAAGCACAAGAGCCUCAUGUCAAACACCGGACAGACAGUAAAUGUGUGAUAGAAACUCCUCCUCCUCCCUCUGCUUCAGAUGGAGCUCCUCCCACUGUGCCAAAUGUCUCCUCCCCCUUCCCCAGCCUCGCUCCCGGCUCCUCAAGCUCUCCCUCUCCAAGUCCGGCUCCAGACUCCUCCCAGGAGCUGGUGAUUGACGACCCUGAUAUCAAAUCCGUAUCCUCCCAGCCUCCAGAGCUGCAGGUGCAGCCCUCCCAGGACACCCAGGGGUCCCCCUCGGGGAGCAGCAGCAGCAGCAGCAGCAGCAGCGGCAGCAGCAACCACGGCGGCAAGGCCAAGAAGCCCAAGGGUCUGGAGCUGACCCCCACCCUAGUGGUGACCAGCAGUGAACCCAGCCCGCUGAGCCUGGCCAGCCCCUCGCUCCCCACUGCCUCUCUCACCCCUGCCUUCCUGCAGACCCCCACAUUGCUGUUGACUCCAAGCCCUUUGCUCUCCAAUAUCCACUUCUGGAGCACGCUCAGUCCAGUGGCACCCCUCAGUCCUGCCAGAAGGCAAGGAGCACACACCUUAUUUCAGUUCCCCAGUGUUUUCAACAGCCACAUGCAGUUACCUGUCCCCAAUAUGGACGGCUCCAACACCCCCGGCCCCCUGUCCCCAGACCCCCAGAGGACAUAGCAGACGAGCCCACGAAUCAAGUCCUCACUCUGUCCCGUCCACAGCUCUGGUCCAGAUUUUAAACAGAAAAACUAACAAUCUCGACUUGGGGAUUCACCAAACAGGGUAACCAAAAAAAAUCCAGCCCCUAGCCCUGCCAAACAAACUCUCUUGGUUAUCAACAUGUCUUAUAGAAAGUGUCAAGGGGCUGUCUUCAACUUCUAGCACCUUGUGGAUCCUUGCAGAACUAUACAGAAACUGUAUAGCAAGUUUUCCAGUGAUCCUAAACAUGCUGGUUGCCAUACUGUAAUCCACUGCACCAAGCCCAAUGCCCAGUCUUUUAAAGGGGCAUUCAACCACCAGCUUGACGCCAAUGGGACAUUUUGCAAAAUAUUUUUAGGACAUCCAUGUCCACGGAGAUCUUUUGAACUAAGCGCUGUUCUGUUUUUAAACAUCUUGACAUGCUUGACCGUCAUUGUGUUAUGCAUGAUCUCCUAACCACAUCUUAGACCUUCAACAUGUCAUGAACAUUGCAGUCAUUUUACUGUGUGUUUGUAGGCAUUAUCCAAAGAACCCAUCUUCCAAGGGUGCCAUGCUUUCAAACCUCUCAGCUCAUAAACCUACAAGUGAUCCUUUGUAACUGACAGAUAGGAGAGAACUAUUAUGAACUGACAUCACUAAACCCGUACAAGACUUGUACAGUACCUGGGGAAGCGCUGAUCCUUCCAGUCUCUCAGGUCAUUCGUAUAGCCAAGUUCAACUUGACCCCCAUCCCCUCUAGGACUCCUACCGAAGAACCUUGGUGACGCCUGAAUUGGAUCGAUCACCGGGGAAUCUGUCUGUGCCCUGCAGGCGUAGUUCCUAAGGUUUUUAAAUGAAUCAAAAUCCAUUUCCCUACCCUUAAAGAGCUGCGGCGCAUGGAGAAGAGGAGUAAGUGUUGUAUCUGGAGAGGCUUUUCAAAGUGAGGAAGCAAUAAGAUGCACAGAGGACAGUGAAACCGGUGCAGACGCUAGUGUAAGUUGGGGAAUUUGCGGCUGGUUUCACGAAGCCCUUCUUGUUAGCAGCCUGCUAAAUCCACUUUGCUUUCAUAAAAAAAAAAAAAAAAAAUUAAGAAAAUGUAUACAUUUAUCCUUUUAAUGAGAGAGACUUGCUGAGUGGAAUUCAACGAAACUAUUGUUCUAUUUUUAAAUAUUGAAACAAAUAAAAAUAAAAUAACUUGCGAGCUAGUAGCCUGCCAAGUACUAGCAGUGCUUUGUGAAACUGGCCCUUGGAUUUUAAAACCUUAGAUUCACCUUUCAGUCCAGAAGAACGUAAGAGAUGGUGGUCCUGCAGAAACUGGUGGGUCUUGAGUUUUGGUCUCCUAGUCCUGUGCUUGGGGUAGGGAUGGAGAAGAUGGGAUCAUAGAUUCUCUAUGAACUACUCGCCUCAAGUGUGAUGAUCCCAGCGGUUUGUCCAGUGGAGCAUGCUUCUGGUCUUGGGCUGACGCCUUAAGCACGAGCAAGACAUUCAAUAUAUAGACUUGAUUAUUGACUUCCUAGUCAUUUAUCCCAAGGAACUACAAAUGCACUGCAGAUUGUCCAUGAGUUCUGGUGGAGCCAAGCUUUACUUCAUGUCUUAAUAUUUUAUAGGCAGUCUGAUCAUGGUCUGUCUUCAUGAAUACAUUCUCCUUUUUCUCAUUUCAUUUUUCUAGGAUAGUGCUUUUAGUAAGUACGGCAGUGUAAUUUUAAGUUGCACAGACAGCUGAUUUAAAAUAGUCUAUAGUGAUUCUUCAUUUUUUUCUGGGUAACUGGUUUUCACUGUAAGCUGUGGUUACAGUGACCACAAUGCAGUUUGUAUUGUUUUGUAAUUCCAUUCCUUGCUGCCCCAUUUAUAUUUCUUUGGGGCAAAAAUCUGGUUGCUUGGAAAAGCCCAAAACUGGAAUCCCUUGUUGCACAUUUACGCUGUCCCGUGCUGUGCUGUGUCAUGUAACGUGCAAGAGCAGCAGUUCUGCCCAGGUGGUAAAACUUCUUUUGACAGGAGUGGGACAGUUGUCAGUCCCGACUACGCCACCCUUGUUACAAAGAGGGUAGUGAACCCUCUCGCGAUCUUUAACAGACACUGCGAUUUUCAAGUAGGCUUAAAGUCGUGUAACUAGCAAAUCCAUUGUAUAAAUCUUACCUGUCAUGAACUUCCAUUCCCUAUAAAGGCCUGAAAUACAGAUUUUUGAAAGAUUUGUAGUUCUAUAAUGAUUUAAUCACCUUUCAUACGAAUGGGCAGAAACAGGAUUCAGAUUCCAGUUCUCUUAACUUGUUCCAGUGACUCUUGAUUGUUCAAUACAGUGAAUACAUGGGCGAUACUGAAAGGACAUCACUUGCUACGUCUUGAAUAUCAGCCUCCAUCAAGCAGAAAACCUGCUGGCAGUCUUUAAUGCUAACUGGGGCUGAGAAAAUUAGUCUAAAAUUGGUUUGGCAAAUGCAUGUUAGCUCACUCCUUCAAAGGAGUCAUAAUCAAAUAUGCCUCAGGCCUCAGAGAUUACUAUAAUAAAACACAAGCAUGGUAAACAUUACAGAGGUGACCUUUCCAUUAUCCCCUGGCCCAUAAUCGAACACUGUGCAUACACAUCACUUUUCUUUGCAUUGUGUGUUCUUAAUGGGUCAACUGAAAUCUGCUGAAGCCGUUUACAUGAAAGGAUAUUCAAAAUGUGAAAUAUUAUAUAGAAAAAUAUAUAUAUAUUUUUGGAUACUUUCAUAAGUUUCAGCUCUGCGGUGCUCAUGGAAACCAGACCUUGCGGUUUAAGGAAUUUCAAUUUUUACUCUGUCGUUCAUUGCUGUCUCUUUUCUUGCACCUGCAUUUGAUUUGGUUUAACCAGGGCUGGGGUCGAAUCCUGUUCUUUUAAUUCCAAUUCCUUUGUAAAAAAAUCAAUUUCCUUUUAAUCAAUUCCAACACGUCACUGACCAAAAUUGCAAUGAACUGCGUUCUGUAAAAAUGAGCUUCUCACAGUGGCACAAAUUAAUUCGAUUGAAGUCUUUGCUAGCCUAGAUAUUAGCUUCAAAUGCAGGCAGUUGAACAAUCGCAAUUAAUGUGUCUCCACCAGAGUUUGUACUGGAAUUGAUUUUAUAAAGGAAUUGGAAUUGAAUAAGCAGGUAUUGACCCCAACCCUGGCUGCAACUUGCUGGCACUUACAUGAUCCCUGAAAACAUACUGCAGGCAUUGCAGUACAGUUUCCUAAAUAUCAUUGCAUUGCUCUUUUCUAAUGUGCGAAUUGUGUUUUAGCUUAUCUGUUAUGUUUCCGUGGUUUUUGUUCUUCCCUGUGUUUAAAUGGCAAUUUGUAUCUUUUUUUAGACGUGUGUGUGUUCUCAAACAUGCAGUGUUGAGUAAAUCUGCACAAAACGCUUUGUGCUGUAGAGUGUUUUAAUUGUAACUGGAUGUGGAUCUUUAAAAGCGAUAUUUUUUUCAAGAUGUCUUAUUUUUCCAAAACCCUACUAUGUAAAUUGCAAAAAAAAAAAAAAAAUAUAUAUAUAUAUAUUUAUAAGCAGAGUUGAGCCCUUUAUCAUGAAUAUUUUAAACGUGCUAAUAAAUAAUACAAUAAAAAAAUGUGAAAAUCGUGAUCGGAAAAUCGUGAUGUAUGCAUUCACAUAUUUUUAAGCGCAUUCAUUGAUUUCAAAUAAGUGCGUGUAGUUUUCAUGGCAUCAAAGUUGAUAAGUACCUUCACUGUUUGUUUUUCAAACACACUUCCCCUUGACAAAGAUAUGUUAAACCUACCCAAACUUUGAGAAGUAUAUUUCCACUUUUGUUUUGAUCUAAAUAGCACAGCAGUCCCAAGCUUUGAUGUGAGAUCACAUAGAUAACCUUGUGUCUCACAUUGCUGCAGUAGAGUGACCCUGUCAGGUCUGUGCACCGUACUGUCGUGUUUGCUCGGCUGUGUUUUAGUUUUUUAAUGAAUUCCACAGUUAACCUUGUCACCCAGCUGUUUGGAAACUACGGUUUCCAUGUUACCUUGAAGCCUUUUAGGAACCUGUGUCAACCUGCUAGCCUUUUAAAUACUAUUUCUCUACUGUGUUUAGCAUCAUUUUCACUUCUUUACCAAGCCUUGUGCAGUUGAAGUUUAAGAUGCACAUUGCAGAGCGUUCACAGUCACUGCAUCCAAUCAAAAUGUAUUUGUAAUUAGGGUUUUCUUGUAAGACAGUGUCUGCUUGUGCUCUACAGUGAUUGGGAGAGCAGUGAAAAUGGUAUUGGAGUUGAUGCAGGGCGGGGAGUUUUUAAAUGUUAAAGGCUGUACUGUAGGGGAACCAUGCUACAAAUUCACCUACAACAAGAUUUGUAUUAUUAUUAUUAAUAUUCAGCAUAUAUUGGUCUGUCUGAACUCUUCAAUUUGUACUUUGUGGUUAAAAAAAAAUAAAGAAUAUAUUUUGCAUAUAAAACUGACAAAAAUAACUAAGUGCUUGUAUACAUUUGUCUUCUGCAAUGAUACGUAUUGUUUGUUUUAUGCUUUUGAAAUGUUUACACAAAUGUAUCUGGGCUAUGUACAGUACAUGGUUUGUGGGGACAGGUUUGAUUUUCACAAGGGUAAACAGUGGGAAUUAAAAUUGUAUUAUUGCAA